AUGGACCGAGAGCUGGAAGUUCGCCACAUGGCUUCAUAUUUGGAUACUUUGGCAAACAUUUUGGACACCAGCGAUGGUUGGAGGGAUUUUCUAUAUUUGAUUCCGCAAAAUAUGGAAGAUCUCACGAAGGACGAGUAUACACCGAAGUAUACCGGUGCACAUGAAGCCACGCUGGAAACGGAGAGCGCUCGGAACAAUUUGUCCCCCGCCAAAUUGUUGCUCAUUGAGUGGAGUAUUUCGGGUAGAAUAAGACCCACGGUUGGUGAUCUUCUAACGCUACUACUGCGGGCCAAUCAAAUCCGUGCCGCGGAGUACCUUACCAAUCUCUUGAAAGAAACUCCGCCCGUGCGACCGAAGGAAGGCCCUGGGGCACCGAUUGACAUUACGCUGCCCGAAGAUCACCAAACAGAAUCGUUGCUGGAUGACAUUAGUUACCCGAACUCGUCACAGCUGCAGAAAGAUUUGUCGAUCACGAUAGCAAACAAUCGCGAUUACUACGAUAAGAUGGGUCCGAUGAAGCGUGUUGAAAUUAAGGACACCAUUUCUUCGGUUGCGGACGCUACGUUGCAACAACAACUAUCGAUUAGCAACAACAACACCCAAUCCGAUUCGGAUUCAUCCGACAUACGGAAUUCUGGUAUGGCAGAAAAGUACCCUGAAUUAUUUCCCGGACCAUCCGGCAUGAAGCGUAGACCAAUAGAACCAGCUGCCGUUAACAGCAUUUUGUCUGACGCACUGCCGAUGGUUUCCAUUCUGGGCUUGGAUGAAAACCAAAGCGAAAAAAGAGAAGAAUCAACAAAACUUCAGAACGAUCGUAAGGCUGGGAAUAUGCAGAACGAAGAUGACCACAACAAUCACCAAAGUCCCAACCUGUCUAUUUUUGGCCUUACGGAGGAGGAAGUAAAUGUGAGUCGAAUUGAUCAGCAGAGUGAAGGCAUUCCCGCUUUAUCAGCAUUACUUGCCGGCCCAAGUGAUUCACAAUCUACCGGGUUCAAUGACAACACCUAUGCGAUCAAUGAUCCGCCGAUGAGUGGCACUGAUUCCAGCACAAGCAGCUCCGCUGAAGGUUGUACAAAUGGAAUAAACCACAGUUCUUCAGGAUCUCCGAUCCGCGGCACCGGUUCUAAGAAAUCUCAAGAGCUUAGUAAUGCACAGAAUAUGGUCUCAAAUGAGUCAAAUGGUGACCUCAUACAGUUCUCAUCCUCUCCUGUGCUGGCGGAAUAUUCAUACGAACUGUUGGAGCUGGUGACCGAUAACUUCAAUUCAAAGAAAUUUACAAAUGGUGUUGUUCAAUCACCCGAUGGACGUUGGAUCGGCGCUGGUGGCUUUGGUGCGGUGUUUCUGGGAGUGAAUCUUGCGCCAACGAUUCCGGUUUCAGCCGUGAAGCGGCUUGAAUCGAAUAAGUAUAAGUAUCGGGAGAAGUUCCAACUGGAACUUGACAUACUUUCCAAGCAUUCCCACCCUAACAUUGUGAGUUUGUUGGGUUACUGUUCAAACGGUCCUCAGCUCUGCUUGGUUUACGAGUACAUGAACGAUGGGAGCCUGGAAAUGGCUCUAGCGAAGGUGCGCGAAAAUAAACUGGCGAUGGACGGCGUUUGUCGCUUGAAGUACCUACAAAACAUUGCAAAUGCAAUCAAGUUUCUGCAUGAACGGGCCAAUGUUAUCCACCGAGAUGUUAAAUCGGCCAACGUUCUACUGAACGGUUCAGUUGCGAAGCUGGGCGAUCUGGGUCUACUGAAAUCGACCACCUCCAUGACCACGACGAAAAUCAUCGGUACAAACGCGUAUAUGGCUCCGGAAGCAGUGCGUGGUGACGUAACUGUUGCGUUGGACGUGUUUGCGUUCGGCAUUGUGAUAGCUGAAACCGUCACCGGGGAGCCAGUGUUGGCGGAAAACGGGUCCCGCAGCGAAAUCGAUCUGGCCGGGUACAUUCUGCGCCAUCGGGCCGAAGGACGAAACCUUGCUUUGCUCGUGGAUAGGCGCGCAUCUAAGGAGGCUGAUGGCGGAAAGUGGCUUGAAGUUGGGAACCGUUUGCUAGAAACCGCAUUGCAAUGCAUGGAAGCAAGAUGGUGUCGUCCAACAAGUGACACAGUGGCGAAAUCAAUCGAUACCAUGCAGUUGGCGCUCUCAUACUAAGCAGAUAAAGUAUGAGAAAAGUGUGUAUUUUAGUAAGUGCCUUUUAACAUAUAAAGAGUUGGAAAACAAAAUACUCAUGCAUCAAAUCCGACACGAAACGUACAUUCCAAUAAAUGUAAGGUUAUUGUUGUUUAUAUUUUUAAAUGUUGUAUGU